CGAGCCCGGGCGGCCGCCAUGGAAACGCCGCUGCCGCUGCUCCUGCUGCUGCCGCUCCUCCCGCCGCUGCUGCUGCGCGCCGCCCCCGGCAGCCGCGCAGCGGGGCCCGGCCUGGAGGAGCGGCUCUUCCCGCAGCUGCGGGACCACUUCAGCUUCCAGAGCUGCGGCAACGAGACGUUCCCGCAGCGCUACCUGGUCUCAGCAAAGUUCUGGAAGAAGGGAUCUGGACCCAUCUUCUUCUACACAGGCAACGAAGGUGACAUCUGGACUUUUGCUCAGAACUCUGGCUUCAUCUUUGAAUUAGCAGAGGAACUGCAAGCCCUUGUGAUUUUUGCUGAGCAUAGGUACUAUGGGAAGUCUCUUCCCUUUGGACUUGAGUCAACACAGCUGAAGAAGAUCCAUCUGCUCACGGUGGAACAAGCCCUGGCUGACUAUGCAGUGCUAAUUACUGAGCUGAAGCAGCUGUAUGGUGCUGCACACUGCCCUGUCAUUGCUUUUGGAGGCAGCUAUGGAGGAAUGCUGAGCGCUUACAUGAGGAUGAAAUACCCAAACAUUGUGGCUGGAGCACUAGCUGCCAGUGCUCCUCUGCUGUCUGUGGCUGGGCUUGGAGACCCUGGCCAGUUCUUCAGAGAUGUAACAGCAGAUUUCCACAAGUCCAUCCCAGGCUGUGACUCAGCUGUCCGUAGAGCCUUCCAGCAGAUCAUGGCUCUGGGCCUGAGUGGAGCCUAUGAUGAAAUCAGCAGCAAAAUGAACACAUGCAGUAAGAUCUCGAACAAGGAGGAUGUUUAUCAGCUUUUUGGCUUUGCUAGAAAUGCCUUCACCAUGAUGGCCAUGAUGGACUACCCUUACAAAACUGAUUUCAUGGGUCCCCUCCCUGCCAAUCCUGUGAAGGUUGGCUGUCAACAAAUCCUCGCCCACAAAGACCCAAUUGAAGGCCUGGCUGCUCUUGUUGGAGUGUUUUACAACUCCUCUGGCUCAGCCCAGUGUUACGACAUUUACCGACUGUACCGGGCCUGCGCCGACCCCACGGGCUGCGGCCUCGGCUCGGACGCCGAGGCUUGGGACUACCAGGUUUGCACCGAGAUCAACUUGACUUUCAACAGCAACAACGUGACCGACAUGUUUCCCGAGAUGCCCUUCACGGAGCCCAUGCGGGACAAGUACUGCUGGAGCAAGUGGCACGUGAGGCCACGGCCACACUGGCUAAGGACAAACUUCUGGGGAGGAGACCUGAAAAGUGCAAGCAACAUCAUCUUUUCAAAUGGAGACCUGGACCCAUGGGCUGGAGGUGGGAUAAACAGCAGCCUCAGCCCUUCCCUAAUUGCACUGACCAUUAGAGGAGGUGCUCAUCACCUCGAUCUCCGGGGACACAACGCAGCUGACCCCCCCUCCGUCACGGCAGUGCGCAAGCAGGAGGCGAUCAUCAUCCAGGGAUGGCUGAGCUCUGCAGGGCCAGGAGGGGCCUGAGAUCCCUGAGAGCCCCAGGAGCCCCAUGCCAUCACAGCUGCCUGCAGAGCUGUGCCAGGGCCAUUUGAGUACGUUGCCUCCUCUGCAGUGAGGGGGGAACUUCCCAUUCUGCAGCAUCACGCUGCCCCUGAGGCAUCAAAAGACAGCGAAAGGCCAAAGCCCUGCCUGAAGCCCCCACAGGCCCUGGGGGUUUCACACUCACCAGAGGGGAACAGACCCGUGGGAAAUGGUGGAAAUAAUAAAAACUUGCCUGAAA